CAUUGCUUGCUUUCCAAAAUUACAUCGCUUGCUUUCAAUAUCACUUCCCAACAAUUUUUAGCCCCCGAUCAACCGUCAGAUGUCUACAACAAGGGAUAGAUAGGUGCUAGUAAACUGUUCGAAACCAAGUGAUAGCCGAUAAUUUCAGCUUUCCGUGAUACGUAAACUGUUAUGCACUCGAAGCUUUCUGUAAAAAAAAAUACCCUUCUCUCUCUAAAACUCUCUCUCAUCGAAAUUUUACAUCUUCAAAAGAAGAGAGAGAGAGGCAGGAAAAGCGGGUAAAAAGAGUAAAUUGAAGACGAAAGGGGAAUUUGAUAAGCCAAAAGAUUCAUCGGCGCCUGUGAUUUUUGUUCGAUCUUAAUUCCAUUUUCUCUGUUUCUCACUGAAGAAAAUGGCUCUUCUCGGGCCUCAAGUUGCAGGCGAGGUUGGUUUGAGGUUGCUGCUCUGCCCUUUUGGUUCUAACAUUGUUGUCCGGACAGCUUGUUGUUCUGUGGGGAUUGCUUUGCCUGUAUACUCCACAUUCAAGGCCAUUGAGAACAAGGACCAAAAGGAGCAAGAAAAAUGGCUUUUGUACUGGGCAGUUUAUGGAUCUUUCAGCCUUGUAGAAGCAUUUGCAGACAAGAUUCUCUAUUGGUUUCCACUGUACUACCAUAUGAAGUUUGCUUUUUUGGUCUGGCUUCAGCUUCCCACUGUUGAGGGUGCAAAGCAGUUGUAUUUGAAGUACUUGCGUCCAUUCCUUUUGAAGUAUCAGAGAAGACUAGACCAAAUUCUAGUUGUGGUCUCUGGUGAAAUGCGCAAAUUCAUCUCGGCACACCAAGGAGAGAUCCAAUUUAUGGGAGCUAUGGUUCAGAAGUCUGUGGGGGCAGUCAAUGAAAUUACUGUUUAA